GUCGUCGUCGCCGAUCGCUUCGUUCGUUUAGUGGUGACAGUCAACCAGCUGUUUACUGUUUUCCAUGAAAGGAGAUUGUUUACCCAUAGUUUAUCUCCUCCUGGGCUUUCUCUCGGUACCCCUGGAGUAGCUAGCAUAUUUUGCGACAGUGGUAUUUCCUCGUCUUUGUCAGAUGCGGUGAACUGUUUCCGACAUUCAGUCUGGUCUGGACCUCUUUGGGUACGAGCCGAAGGUUAAGGACCAACGCAGGGACGGCUUGAAAAUGGAACUACAAUUUUUGGGAGGUCGGCGUGUUUUGUGGACACGUUCUAUAUUGCUUGUUUUGUGCUGGGGUUUCUCCAGUGCUUUAUCAGUAAAUGAUGAAAGUGAGCUGGUAAUGGUCAAUGUGCUCUUCCGCCACGGAGAUAGAACUCCAGUAAAUCCUUACCCCUUAGAUCCUUAUCGUAAUGCAAGCUACUGGACUACAGGAUGGGGCCAACUUACGACAGUGGGAAUGCAACAACAUUACGAACUAGGACUGUGGUUGAGACAGCGGUAUAUUUCACUGCUGAAGAAUGAUUAUUCUAAAGCUGAUUUGUAUGUCCAGAGUACUGAUGUUGAUCGUACUUUAAUGAGUGCAGAAAGUAAUUUAGCUGGACUCUUUCCUCCAAGGGGUUCUCGCAUGUUUGAGCCAGGUCUCAAAUGGCAACCCAUUCCAAUUCAUACCAUUCCGGAACAUCUAGAUCAUCUUUUAGCCAUGAAAAAAUCCUGCCCACGCUAUGAUGCUGAAUUUAACAAAGCAAGAAAUCUGCCUGAGAUCCGGGCUUUGGAGAAAGAACAUCAGGCUCUCUUCAAAUACCUUUCCAUUCAUACUGGUUCUGAUGUCAAGACCAUUGAAAAUGCAGAAUAUAUACAUAGCACUUUGUUCAUAGAGAGUUUGAAAAACCUGACACUACCAGAAUGGACAAAACCUGUGUACCCUGAACCACUGAGAACAUUGGCGCAGUGGAGUUUUGCUCUUCCAGCCUAUACUACUGAGUUACAACGACUAAAAGGAGGCCCCUUAGUAAAAGAGUGGAUUGAACAUUUCCAAAAGAAGAAGAGCGGUGUUCUUGAGCCAAAUCGCAAAAUGUACAUAUAUUCAGCUCAUGACACAACUAUUGCAAAUAUUCUCAGUACCCUUGGGGUAUUUCAGCGUCAUUGUCCCCCAUAUGCAUCUACAGUGCUAGCUGAGCUGCGCAAAAUCAAAGACAACUAUUAUGUGGCAAUUUUCUACAAAAAUUCAUCCGCGGCCCGGCCCUUGACGUUGAAUGGAUGCUCAGAACUGUGUGAACUGGACAAAUUUAUUAGUUUGUUAAAGCCUGUAAUUUCUGAGAAUUGGGAAAAAGAAUGCCACUACAAUUUGAUGUUUUCAUCUGAGGACUUUAAUGAUCUCUCCAUUUCCGCUUUGGCUACAUCAGGGGUUUUGUCCUUGAUUCUCGUAGCAGUUUUAGUGAUUGGAUUUGUUAAACAGAGACGUCAAGUAAAUAAUCAAUUUCGCUAUCAAACAGUCAGUACUAGAGCUGAUGCCUGAAUUCCAUCUCUCUCAAAUUAUGACGAGAAUUCACUAGUUUUUCACACUAGUUUUUCAAGUGGUUUGCUAACUUUUUUCUUGAAUUGCUAAUCUUUAUCUUUUUAUCUGUCUACCUUUAAGUUUUAAAGUUGAGGGAUAUAUAUAGCAUGUGAAAGCAAACCCCUUUCAAAAAAAAAUGUCACAAUUUGAUUUUAACUUUUUUUUUAAGUAACCUUGUGAGUCAUACCUGCGUACAGGAGGAUGUUACUUAUCUAAGUCUAUGACAUUAUGUGCAAUACUGACACUCAUUUUUUUUAAAUGAACAUACGUUCCUAAUUUCAAGGUUUUCCUUUUUACAAUUUUUGCCACCUCUUUGUGAUGAGAUUGUUUAUAGUCAUAUUACUUGAUCUCACUUUCUGUUAGGCUAUAGUAUUCAUUGGAAUUUGAAUUAAUUUCACUGUAUAAAACUGUAUAGUAAUAGGAGGUUGAAAAUUUUGUAGGAAAGGGUUUUGUGUGAAUGUUAUUACAUAAUUUAUCGAGGAUUUAUUCACCUGUGACGCAUCAUUGGUUUCCCUUUUUGUGCUGUUGGUAAACGUAUCACAACAGAAACAAGUGUUUCCUGAACUUAAAAGUUAAGCGAUCCUAAUAUUGUUGCAGUAAAGUUAGUCGGUCUGAACUGUGUGUCUACCUUUUGUUUUUGUCUUGUGGUAAAUUUUAAGAUUCCCCUGAAAAGUUAUGCUAAAUUGAACUUUUUGAGCUGGAAGUAGAAUGUGCUUUUAGGAAAUUACCAGUAGCUAAAAUUAUGGUUUUACUUUUUAAAAAUAUUCUUUUGGAUUAUUAUUAUCAUUACUUUUGAGAUGAAGACUGAUGGCCUAGCAGUUUUGCUAUGUCUAUGUUAACAUAAAGGACUUAAAAUAAACUCUCAUCAGUGGAGCAUUUUAUAUUACUGGUAUUCAAAACCUGAGGCUGUGACUUGUUUUUUGUUCCUUUGUGGAUUAUGUUUCUGUGCCAUUGCUUUUAUUUUUUUUUCCUUUGCUUUUUGAGGGAGGAAGUGCUCAGUUUUCUGCAAAAUUGUUUAUUUACCUCAAGCUUGUGGUGCAUUGCAUUGAACACUUUUUCAAUCAACUUGUGUUCAUGAUUUCUUUGUUGCUUUUACUUGGGAAGUAAAGAAUAAUUUUAAAAUAAUAGUA